UAAGACAAAACACAUUCUUGUAUUACCUCAUCGGAAACAUGGAUUGUACGGUUCAGAUCAUUUCCAGGGAUAUUAUUCGGCCGUCGGCGCCGACUCCCGACCACCUCAAAACCCACAAACUAUCCAUUCUCGAUCAGCUCGCUGCGCCUGUUUACAUUUCUCUCGUCUUCUUCUACCACCGGAAUUCCUCCAACCACGACCCGGCCGCCGUCUGCCGCCGCCUCCGCCAGUCCCUAUCAAAGACACUCGCCGUAUUCUAUCCCCUCGCCGGAAAAAUCGACCCGGAGAACUUCGCCGUCGAUUGCGACGACACCGGCGCCGAGUUCGUCGAAGCCCGCGCCGGUGCUCGACUCGCCGAUCUGCUGCGAGAUCCUCAAAUGGAGAUUCUGCAGAAGCUCCUCCCGAUCGAUCCACUCGGCGGCGUUUACGCCGGCGACGGCCCGAUUGUGGCGGUGCAGGUCAAUUUCUUCGACUGCGGUGGAAUGGCGGUGGCGGCGUGCGCCGCCCACAAGGUCGUCGACAACGAUUCGUUGUUGGAUUUCCUCACGACGUGGGCGGCGAUCUGUCGCGGCGGCGAGGCGCCGGAAUCCCGCCGGAAAUUCGGCGCCGUCGCGCGGCACUUCCCGGCGAGAGACCUCUCCGAUCAUGACAUCUCACCGGCGCUAUUUCUCGCCGACGACAGCCUGGUGACAAAGAGAUUCAUCUUCGAUAAGGACAAGAUUUCGUUCCUUCGAAACUCAGCGAGGUCGGAAACGGUGAAAGAUCCGACGAGGGUCGAAUCCCUGUCGGCGUUUGUCUGGAAACAUUUUCUCGAUAAGAAAUUAUCGAUCCCACCGCCGCUGGACUGCGGCGGCCGGGAAACCGCGUUCAACGGCGUGCACGUGGUGAACAUAAGGUCACGUGCCGACCCGUCGCUUCAAUUCAACGAAGCCUUCGGCAACGCAUGCUUCCUGACGCAGGCGGUCGGCGGCGCCGCCGCUGGCGACGGCGAUGCUCCGCCGCAGCUUUUCGAUCUCGCGGCGAGGCUGCGGCGGGCGAUAAGGAAAGUGGACGCGGAGUAUGUGAGCGAGACGGAGACAAGGUUUCUGGCGGAGAUGGAGGAGCUGAGCCAGGCGGUGGAGUCCGGCGAGGUGGAGGGGGUUCUGUUCAGCAGCUGGUGCAGAUUUCCGGUGUACGAGGUGGACUACGGUUGGGGGAUUCCCGAUUGGGUGUGCACGACGGUGCUGCUGCUGAGAAAUCUGGCGAUUCUGAUGAACAGCAGGAGCGGGGAGGAGAUCGAGCUGUGGAUCAAUCUGCCGCCGGCGGAGGUGGACUCGUUCGCCGGAGAUUUCCUGCGGAUUGGCUCUGCAAAUUAGGGUUUGGUGGAGUGGACGAUCUUGGGAGCUCCGGGGAGUUCAACACCAUACUCAUCCUUUCUCACUGAUGAAUCUUCCAUAUGAGUGUUUUUAACUAAUAAAAAUAUAUUCUCUCUCCCCACCCAAUUUAUUUUCUAAU